GGAGGCGACAGUUUUGUUUACGAUCCGGUCGCGCUCGGUUCGUCCCUCGUGUCCGUCCAAUACCAUUUUUCAAAAUCAAUUUUCGGCAGAAGAACCCGCGCUAGCAUUGGGCGACACGACGACGACGGCAACCACAUUCACCUUCGGCGCUCGGGUUGCUUGUUUGGAGCCGGUGUGGUGUGGCUUCCUCGCACUUAGUAGCGACUGGUCAUCACAGCAGGCCGGUUGGGGUUUGUUCUUGCUUGUUGGGGCGAGACAGAAUAUAAAAGACAAACACGAAUCAAAAUCGGUGUUAAGUGAUUGGGGAACCGUUAACAGGGAAAAAAGAGGAGUGCUGUUGACACAAAGUAUUAUAAGGGGGCCACGAGGUUCGCCCCAGAGAGCCGUGAAGACGCAAAUUAGUAUUACCGGUGGUGUUGACAUUUCGGAAUAAAUUGGAAACGAUGGCAACACUUAGGAUUUUGGGUCUGGCGCUCUUGGCAGCACUGGUCAGCAGCGCGACCGUCCCUACGGAAGACACCUACACCAGCUACCGAUUACCGACGGCCUUCCGUCCGGAACACUAUGGCCUGCAGGUGUUGACCCAUCUCGGAGACGAGAAGGGAUUCAUGUUCUCCGGACGAGUUCUGAUUCGGAUGCUUUGCAAUGAGGACGCCAUGAACAUUACCCUUCACUCGAAGAACUUGACCAUCGGCGAGAAGGAUAUCAAACUGGCCGAGCUGUCCGACAGCGGAUCCAAGAGCUUGGAGAUCAAACGGGUGCAGUACAUUACCGACAACGACUACGUAGUGUUCCACACGAGCGAAUCCAUGAAGAAGGGCUACCGCUACGACAUCACCAUUCCGUUCGAGGGAGUACUGGGAACGGGUCUGCUUGGAUACUACCGCAGUAGCUACGUCGACCAGAAGACUCAGAAGAAGAUCUGGCUCUCGGUAACUCAGUUUGAGCCAACGCACGCCCGCCAGGCUUUCCCCUGCUUCGACGAACCGGAGAUGAAGGCCACGUUCGACAUAUCGCUGGGUCACCACAAGCAGUACGUCGCGUUAAGCAACAUGCCCAUGAACCGCUCCGAACCGAUGACGGCCUUCACGGACUGGGUCGUGGAUCACUUCGGCACCACGGUCCCGAUGUCCACCUACCUGGUGGCGUACACCGUUAACGACUUCGAGUACCGUGAAUCCAUGACCAAGAUGGACGGCGACGUGGUCUUCAAGAUCUGGGCCCGUCGGGAUGCCAUCGAUCAGGUGGACUACGCUCGGGACGUCGGGCCCCGGGUAACUCGCUUCUACGAGGAAUACUUCGCCGAAAAGUUCCCUCUGCCCAAGAUCGACAUGAUUGCCAUCCCGGACUUCUCCGCAGGCGCCAUGGAGAACUGGGGCCUGAUCACCUACCGGGAAACCGCCCUGCUGUACCAUCCCAACAUCUCGACCGCCAACAACAAACAUCGAGUGGCGUCGGUUAUCGCUCACGAACUCGCCCAUCAAUGGUUCGGCAACUUGGUCACCAUGAAGUGGUGGACCGAUCUGUGGCUGAAUGAAGGUUUCGCCACGUACGUCGCCAGCUUGGGCGUUGAAUAUCUGCAUCCGGAAUGGCACUCCCUGGAGGAGGAAUCCGUCGAUAAUACGCUGGGAAUUUUCAAGUUCGAUGCCCUGACCAGCAGCCACCCCGUUUCGGUCGAGAUCGGACACCCCAACCAGAUCUCGCAGAUAUUCGACGCCAUCUCCUACGAGAAGGGAUCAACUGUCAUCCGUAUGAUGCAUCUCUUCCUCGGCGAAGAAACCUUCCGCAAUGGAGUUCGUCGCUAUCUGAAACAACACAAGUACGCCAACGCUGAACAGAGCGAUCUCUGGGCUGCGCUGACCGAAGAAGCCCGCAUCAACAAGGCUCUGCCGGAAGACGUCGACGUCAAAACCGUCAUGGAGUCGUGGACUCUGCAAACCGGCUACCCGGUGAUCACCGUCACUCGCAACUACGAAUCAUCCACUGCGGAGAUCACGCAAGUCCGCUUCCUGUCCGAUCGCGAACAACAGGCGAACGCUACCGACUACUGCUGGUGGGUUCCGCUGACGUACGUCACCUCAGAGAACCCUAACUUCGAAGACACACGCGCCAAGGAGUGGAUGAUGUGCGGCGCCGGCAAGCUGCGCAAGGGACCGAUCAAGCAGUUGCAGAAGAUGCCUCCCGCUGAUCAAUGGGUGCUGUUCAACGUCCAACUUGCAGGACUGUACAAAGUCCGAUACGACAUAACCAACUACAAGCUACUGAUCAAGCAGCUCAACAGCGAACAGUACAACACAAUCAGUCUGGCGAACCGCGCUCAGCUGAUCGACGAUGCCAUGGACUUGGCCUGGACCGGAGAGCAGCAGUACGGAAUCGCCUUCGCCAUGAUCAACUACCUCCGGCAGGAGGUGGAAUACAUCCCGUGGAAGUCCGCCCUCUCGAACCUCAACGCGAUCAACCGUCUGCUGAAGCGCACGCCCAUCUACGGAGUGUUCCGAAGCUACAUCCAAUUCAUCGUCGAACCCAUCUACGAGAAGCUGCAGAUCUUCGGUGAUGAUCGAACCGUCAGUCAACGACUGGACGCUACCAAACAGCUGGUUCAAAUCGCAGCCUGGGCUUGCAGGUUCGACGUGGGAGAUUGCGUACAGCGAUCAGUGGCCUUAUUUGCCAAGUGGAUGGCCGUGCAGGAUCCGGAGGUUACCAACCCGGUCCCGAAGGACCUCCGCUCGGUUGUGUACUGCAACGCCAUGCGCAACGGCAAGGAACCGGAGUGGAACUUCCUGUGGCAGCGCUACCUGAAGAGCAACGUCGGCUCGGAGAAGGUUAUGAUCAUCGGUGCGCUGUCCUGCACCCGCGAGGUCUGGCUGGUCGAACGUUUCCUGCUGUGGUCCUUGAACAGCACUUCCGGUGUGCGUAAGCAGGACACCACCAUCGUGUUUGGCGGAGUCGCCAAGAGCGACGUCGGUUUCCACCUGGCCAAGAGUUUCUUCCUGGAGAACGUCGAGGAAAUCUACAACUAUCUUUCCCCGGACACAUCCCGCGUGUCUCGCUUCAUCAAGCCGCUGGCCGAGCAGAUGUCCUCGAUGAAGGAGCUCCAGGAGCUCAAGGACCUGAUCGAAUCCAAGCGGACCGUCUUCGAGAAGGCAACCCAAGGCGUCAAACAAGCGCUAGAAACGGUCGAGAUCAACCUGCAGUGGAAGUCGCACGGGUACACGCAGAUGACGCGGUUCCUGCCGCUGCUGAACUACCGGUCCGGCAAUCUGGAUGUGAUGGAGCUGCUGGACUGAUCCGUCGGUGCACCGUGGCCGGAUCGAGUCCGGUGUUUGUUUUUUUUAGUCACCUAGUUUGACACAGCUCUCGUUGUUUUUAAAAGCUCGCACAAAGCGAUCGCACGCAUUUCGCCGUUGUACUUUUUAGCCAUUUUGAACAAUUGAAAAUAAAAAUUUGCCGAAAAUCA